ACUUUUUUCUUUCUUUUUUUCUUUCUUCCAAGUAUCUAUCUUUCUGAACAAAUAAGAUUUUACUCACUGUUUUCUUCACCUCUGCACUAAAAUUCUUCACUUCCAUGGCUGUUCAUCUUCAAUCCCCAUCUACACCUUCCACCUGACAUUACCCACUAACUAAUUCUUCUCUUCUUAUAUAAAAUCCAACCCAAAAACAUCAUUCACCUUACAAUAUCCAAAACCCACAACCCAAUUCACCCCCAAUCCUUCCAAUUUCUCAUUAUUUCCCAACUUUGAAAACAGAGCAAGUAUGAGUAUUUUUAUAAAUCCCCUGUUUAUUUUAUUCAUUUCAAUUUUCAAUUUUCAAAUUGCCACCAUUGAUGCAAGACCCAACAUGCUGAAUAAUAUUAUUCAUGUCUCUUCUUCACCUGCUCCAGUACCUUCAAUGGCGGAUUCCGGGAUUCAAGCGGGAAGCUCAAAUCACAAAACCCAUUCAAACAAAAAGCUUGUUAUUGCUGUUAUUGCUGCUUCUUCUCUGGGUGUCAUAUUAUUGCCCUUAAUGUGUUUGUUGAUAUGCCGCAGAGAAAAAUUAUUCAGAUCUCGCGCUAAUAGAUUAGAUCAACUGAGAGGGCUUCCUUUGAGUUCUUUUAUCACUAGAACCAAUAGUGCUUUCAAACAGAAUAGUCAAAAGCAACUUGUGUCAGUUAUGGAUUACAGUUUGUUAAAAGCAGCAACAAAUAACUUCCAUGAGAGUGAGAUACUGGGGUCGGGUGGGUUCGGCUGCGUGUAUAAGGGUCGACUCGACGAUAACUUGUUUGUUGCGGUUAAGAAACUGGAUAACGAAAGCCGAGACGCCCUUAAAGAGUUCCAGACAGAGGUCGAUAUAUUGAGUAAAGUUCAACAUCCAAACAUAAUAACCUUGUUGGGAUAUUGUGUUGAUGAUGAAACUAAGAUACUUGUUUAUGAAUUGAUGCAAAAUGGUUCGUUAGACACGCAGUUACACGGGCCUUCUUGUGGAUCCAAUUUAACAUGGCAUUGCCGGAUGAAAAUUGCUCUAGAUACAGCAAGAGGAUUGGAAUAUUUACACGAGCAUUGCAAACCACCUGUAAUUCAUAGAGAUUUGAAAUCAUCUAAUAUCCUUCUGGAUUCAAGAUAUAAUGCCAAGCUUGCGGAUUUUGGUCUCGCUGUCAUGGAUGGUGCGAAUAAAAAUGUUAAGCUUUCCGGGACGUUGGGUUACGUAGCUCCCGAGUAUCUUUUAGACGGGAAACUGACCGAUAAAAGUGACGUAUACGCGUUUGGAGUUGUACUCUUAGAGCUGUUACUCAAAAGACGACCCGUUGAAAAGCAAAAGCAAACACCACCCGAGCGCCAAUCUCUCGUCACUUGGGCUAUGCCGCAACUAACAGACAGAUCAAAGCUUCCGAGUAUCAUAGAUCCCGUGAUUAGGGACACAAUGGAUCCUAAACACUUGUAUCAAGUGGCUGCUGUGGCGGUGUUGUGUCUUCAACCAGAACCGAGCUACAGACCGUUGAUAACGGAUGUGUUGCAUUCUCUUGUGCCUCUUGUACCGGUUGAACUCGGUGGGACCCUAAGAGUUGCAGAAAAUAGGGUUGCAGCAGCAUUUGAGCCAUGACUUGAGGUUUUUUGAUCUAGAUAGUUGUACUCCUGUAAUUAUUAAUCAGAUUAUUCAAAUCCAUUUUGUUUAGUUUUAAAUACAUAAAUCCUAGUUAAUAUAAAGUGAGAGGCUGCUUCGAGUGA